UGUAAACCCUUCAAAAUCUGGUAACAAAUUGGGAAAUUGACAGCAAAGCAUGAAAAUGAUUACUGUUCUUCUGCAUGCUUUCCACCUGAUGUUUGUUGCCAACCGAACAGUGAGAUAAACAAUCAGUCACAUAAACUUCCAAUUUUCACACAAAUAUCAAGUAACUAAUAUUAUGGCUCAUAGUCAUAAUAUUAUUUGCCUCUCUCUUGUUUGGACACAGCUAGAAGAAUACUUGACACAGCAAGAAGAAUACUCCUCUAUUAACAAACACCAGAACAGUACUUAUUUCCACUAUUGUAUCAUAUUAUGGCGGAAAAUGGAGCAGAAAAUGAUUUGGAUUUGAUCGAGUUGGCCCUUAGUCGUAUACUGAGAGACAACCCACAUGCUCAAUUUAGGGAUCGUGCAGUUUCUAAGCUUGCUCAGGAUGAGGAGGGCAAGCAAUUGUUAUUGAUACUGUUGGACCAGUUGAAUUCAUUAAGGGCAGAGAGAGAGCAAAAGACUUUACUGGUCAUAACAGAAAACAUGGGGAAGUCUGGCUCAGUAGGCUCAGAUGACGAGAUCAAGAAAAUGGAAGAGCCCAUUGGAGAUGAUAAAGUUACUGGGAAAGAUGUUAUAAGAGAAAUAAGAAAUGUGAAGAAGCAAAAUAUGCUCACACAUGUGGCCCUUGGCAUUAUUCUUGUAUCAGGUACACUGUGGCGUUUAUCAGAACUUUUUUUAGCUUUCAAGAUAAGGAGAACAAUCAUUCAUCCUUUAGAAGCAAUAGGUGGUUUGUUAGGUGGCAAGGGUUCUCAUCUUCCUCACGUGGAAACUCGUCUUCCUCGCAUUGAAACUCCGGUACUCCCUCAAUUAGAGAUGCCAUCCGUGAACAACAUUUUAAAUAGCAGACAAUUUUAUGGAUCUUAUGGGCACGCUGGACAAGCUGAAGAAAAGUAAUUCUCUGCACUAUCGUAUGAAAACACCUAUGUAGCAUCCACUAAAGCGUCACGUUGUUGCAUUUGAAUACAUUCAACCUUAUUAUUAUUCUUUUUUGCAUUCAUGAAUUCCACCAAUUAUAAGAUUGUAUUUAUUUUAUUUUUUUAAAGUUCAUAUGUGAAAUUUUUCUCCAA